UUCGCCUGAGCUGUCUGAGGUAAUCAAUUUAUGUGGACCGUUAUGGUGUUGCUAGUUCUCAGCCAUGGACAUAUAAAUGAUUUAGCAAAAUCGACUCAAGCUUGAACAAUUCUUCCAGAUUUCAUAGCAUCAUUACAUAUUGAUUUCAAUACACCAACAGAUAACUUACGUACCUAAAUGGAGAACACCGACGUCCUCAUAAUUGGCGGAGGUCCUACAGGGGUAGUGUUAGCUCUAGAAUUAGCAGCUCAGAAAAUCCCCUUCCGCCUCAUCGACAAGGCCCUAGCCCGUUCGGACAAGAGCCGUGCUCUAGUUGUGCAACCGCGCACGCUCGAGCUGCUGAGCCGCCACGGUAUCGCCCGCGACCUCCAAGAAAGAGGUUUCACUACGACUGGUGCUAGAUACUGCGUCAACGGAAAGGAAGUAGUUAGAAUCGAGGUCGGAGACAAUGCGGCGUUACCUAACACGGCCUUCCCGUUCCAGAAAUUGAUAUCGCAGGAAGAUACCGAGUACUUUCUAGAUGAAUGCCUGGAGAAGAAGUACGGGCGGAAGGUUGAGAGAGGUCUCGAGGCUAAAACUGUCGUUCAGGAUGCUGAUGGUGUGACAGCCACGUUUAGCAAGGUCGGGGAUACAACAGGGGAGACGACGACGAUAAGGGCCAAGUACGUUGUCGGUUGCGAUGGAAGUCGAAGUGUGGUGCGCCAAGCCGCCGGGCUCACGUUCGACGGGGAAUCCUACCAGCAGCAUUUCAUACUCACGGACACGCACAUAGAAUGGGAGCGGGAGGCUCCCAACGGCGAAGCGAUAAUGUGUUUCGGCCAAGGUGUAUUGGCCGUAUUGCCGCUCAAGAACGGGAUGGUCCGCGUCUUCGCGUCAGGAGCCAACGUUAAGAAAAGGGAGGGCGAACCACUGCUUGAAGAUUUCCAAGAGUUCUUCGACAAGAUGGUACCGGUGAAAGGGAAGCUGCACGAUCCAGUCUGGCUUACGCGGUUCUAUUUACACCACCGAGGUGUUAAUAAGUACAGCAACGGCAGGAUUUUCGUCGCCGGCGAUGCUGCCCACAUCCACAGCCCGGUCGGCGGGCAGGGUAUGAACACCGGAAUUCAGGAUGCCGUCAACCUCGGGUGGAAACUUGCCGCCGUCAUUCGCGGGGAACGUCCAGCGUCUUUUCUCGACAGCUACCACGGGGAACGAUACCCCGUCGGGCAGAACCUUCUGAAGAGCACGGAUCGAGUGUUCAAUUUCAUGAGUUCUACCAACCCGAUAUUUGUAUUCAUCCGAAAUCUCCUCUUACCCUGGCUCUUACCUUGGCUAUUUGGCAAAAUGAGCCGCGUCCAGGAAAUGUUCAAAGUCAUGUCCGAGUUCGAUAUUACAUAUCGUGAUUAUGGUUUCGUAGGAACUGCUCCACUUCUCAGGGGAAACAAUGUUCGUGGAGGAGACAGGAUGCUUGAUGGCAAGAUUGAGGGACCGGAAGGCCAGAAGUACUUGCUCGACUUGGCUGAUCCUACAUCCUAUCAUCUCAUCCUAUUAUCCGGUUUUGGCACCGAAGCAGCCUCGGAGGGCGAUUUACAACGAGCUGAAGCCAUAUUCAUGGAAAAGAGCCCUGUCACCGUUAAGGUCCAUCUAAUAUUCGGAGAAAAGCCAAAUGGCCAGUCGGGUUACGUCGAUAAAGACGCUACACUUCACAAGGACUUGGGAUUCAGCCAACCGACUUACGUCCUACUUCGACCGGACUCUUAUAUCGGGCAUGUUGGCCCCUUGUCAGCAUUGGGCGAUCUCAUCAAUUGGUCAAAAUAAACUAUCAAACGAAGAUAUCACAUCCAGGCUUAUUUAAUCCCAAUUGUAAAUAUGUACCCAUAUAGCCUUGACCUCUCUCAUCUCCAACCAAGAGUGUCUCUAAUUACAUAUAGAUAUACCCAUAGUUCAUUGAAAUUGUAUAUACCUAUCGAUUUUCAUAAAUGUGGUCUGGAUUAUGCCACAAAUGCGACUUGGCGUG